CAGCUGACAGUAUCACGUGACCGUUAGCUGGAACGAAGGUAAGCUCCGGUUCCUCGUCUCUCCGUUUGAUCGACAGAUACUUCGCUAUGGCUGGACGCGGGAAACUGAUCGCCGUUAUCGGUGACGAGGACACGUGCACCGGAUUCUUGCUCGGGGGGAUCGGUGAGCUCAACAAGAACCGGAAACCCAAUUUCCUGGUGGUGGAGAAGGACACGAGCAUCACGGAGAUAGAGGAGACCUUCAAGAGCUUCUUGGCCCGUAAUGACAUCGGCAUCAUCCUCAUCAACCAGUUCAUCGCUGAGAUGAUCCGCCACGCCAUCGACGGCCACAUGCAGUCCAUCCCGGCGGUGCUGGAGAUCCCUUCCAAGGAGCACCCGUACGACGCCUCGAAGGACUCCAUCCUGCGCCGGGCCAAGGGCAUGUUCUGUGCCGAGGACUUCCGGUAGACGGGUCCAUACGCCUCGACUCAUCAGUCGAUUCAUGGAUCGAUGGGUCGUCCGCUCGUCUGUCCUCACGUCUCCUUCUGUUUAAUCUUCAGGAAGCUGGGGAUUGAAAGAAGCUUAAAUAAGAAUGGUUUUCCUUCCUCUGUGCUUUAAAUGUUUUGUUUGUUCCAGAUGUUUUAACUUAUAACAAUAUAACCAAUGUUGAAGAAAAUAAAUGAACUUGUUUGUGA